AUUUCCAACGAUGUGAUGUGCAAGCAAUCCGUGGUAGGCGAAAUUACUAAAUUACCCUCGCGAAGCCUCCUCGUCAGUUUGCCUUUGCCGACCGCCUCCGCCUCCGCCUCCGCCUCCGCCGAUCCCCAUCCAUCCCGCGAGCGAGCGAGCGAGCGAGCAGGGCGCCGUCGAUCGUCCUGCUGCUUCCGCCGCAUCCAUCCUGGGACAUUCAAUGUAUGCUGUGCACCCUGUUCUUGUACGGACUGUAACCGUUCUUCAGUCCUGAUGGAGUCAGAAGCAGGCAGUGCACCUAAUGGUUGUACAUCUACAGUAAAGGGGUCAGAAGAGAGGCACAGUUUGGAACGUCGUCAUGAUGAUGGCUCAUGUAUCUCAGAGAUUAAACUUAUUUCUAAUAUGGUUGUAAAGAAAAAGAGGGGGAGAAGAGCACCUCCAUCUUCUAGAAGAUUAAGUGGUAAUAAGGUUAUUAGUGGUGAAGAUGCUGUUCAAAAUCGCAACCAUGCUAAAGAAGAAGACCAGGCUGGUAAUUCUUCUGAUGUGGCGUUGUCGCCAUCUAGCAGGAAGACAGAAGGUCAAGAUCAGUCGACAAACCCCAAAGAUUUGUUUGAGAAAGCUUGCCAUCAAGCUACAGAGAUGGUUACUGAAAGCACAACUGGUUGCAAGAAAUCCUUUUGGGAAGAAAAGGGAAGUGAUAAUAGGAGAGGCAGGCAAGCUACACUUUGUGUGAAACAGGAUGGGCUUGAUAUUGAAACAACAGGCAAGGAUGUCUCUGCAAGUGAAGCUUAUGAAAAAUCCAGCACACUGGAAGAUACUUCUGUUGGGCAUGCAGCAGCAAAGAGUGUUAAUCCUGAGGAUAAUUCUCUAGAUCCUAUGGAUAAUGUGUCUGAUACACAUGUGAAUGCCACAUCUUCUGAGGACAAGAGUUCUGAAGAAGUUGAGGACGUGAAAGUGUGUGACAUUUGUGGAGAUGUUGGUGAGGAGGAGAGGCUUGCUGUUUGCACUAGAUGCAAUGAUGGUGCUGAGCAUAUUUAUUGUAUGCGGGUAAUGAUGGAAGAGGUUCCAGAGGGUGAAUGGUUGUGUGAAGAGUGCGAAAAUGAGUUGGAAUAUGAAAAGAAGAAGAAACUAGAAAAAUCUCAGCUGAAGGUUGGUGCCUCAAAAAGCCAGUUCUUUGAAAGGAAAACCAAUAAAAUUGCCAAUGCAUCAAAAAGCAAUUCUUAUGAAGAUGAAACCUCAAAAGCCCUUGAAGGGAAAAUUAGUAAACCUGACACUGCUUUGAAGAACAGAAGUUCUUUUGAAAAUGAAGUGGAGAAUGAAAAUGGAGAUAAGAAAGAGUUGAAUUCAACAAACCAAUGCAAUAAUAGCAAUUCGAAGAGGAAGGAAGAAGGUGCAGGGAUCAUUUCCUCGAUUAAACAAAGUAUUACUGAACGCUGUGGUUUCUCCAUGGGAGCUGAGUCCAGAAAAAGGUUGCCAUUGUCAUGUGAGAGCUCAUUUCGGUUGGAUGUAGAGAAGGGAAAGCAAGCCGCUACCAAAGUACCAACUUCAUUGGCAUUUGACGCUGCCAAGAAUCUGGGACCACCACUUCGUGGUCAAUUUUCCAAAUCCACUUCUUUCAACAACUCAAAGGUCCCCAAGGUGAAACAGCUAGUGAAUGAAGUUCCACAGAAGCCCAACAAUAUGAAGGACCAUAUACCCUUUCUUGCGAAAAAAGAGGGGCCAGUGGGCAUACUUGCUAAGUCGCCAUUUUUUAAGAAGCCUAAAUCUUGUGAAUCAGCAAAUAAAGCAAAGUCUUCGAUUUUACCUCCUACUGAGGAGUCAAAAGUCGUGAAUCCACCGGUGAGCCAUAAUGUAACAAGUGACCGAGACACUUCUAUAUUAGGGUGCCCCUCCGUUACUGCCUCGAUGACUACCCAAGUUUCAUCUAAAGAAGAAUCCAAAGCUCAGCAUCUCACUACAGGUAAUUUAAGCACUACUCAUGGACAAGGUGGAAGAAACUCUCUUGGAUACUCUGAGGUAAAUAAGCAACUUGUAGCAAAAGCUCCUGGAAGUACAACUGUAAGUAGUGCUGAGAAAUCCUCUGGUAUUCUUGGUUCUGGGGCCCAGAGAAAGGUAAUCCAGAACACAGAUCCCGCACACCGGGAUGAUAAAGUAAAGGAUCCAACAAGCUUGAGACCAGGUGGUUCUAGUAUCAAUUGCUCGAUGCGUUGUCAGCGUUGUAAUGAAGCAGGCCAUUCUACACAAUUCUGUUCUGUUGACAAACUUAGCUUAUCUGCAGUAAAACCUAUGAGUGAACGGAACAUGAAGGAUUCCUCUGCUAAAAGGAAUAAAACAUUUGAAGCUACUAAUGUGAUAGCAGCUGAAAAAGCUGCUUCCAGACCAGCAGAUCAAUCUGAGCACAUUGUGAAAUGUGGUCCUUCUCACAACCCAAUGUGUAGGCCUAAAGAUCUUUUAUCCACCUCAUUUGGCCAUGUAAAGAAGCCCUCACAAUUGUACGGGCAAACCAAUGAGCAGGAUAUGAGAAACACUUCGAGCAACAAAGCUUCCACAGAUGGUAGCAAGUUGAAACCCAAUGAGUGCCAGACUGUAUCAGUCAAGACAGGAAGAUUAGUUGAUGGCAGCUUAACUAUGCCAGAUGCUCUGAUGGACAAAUCUUCAACUGUUCCAGAGUUGGAUUUCAUAUGGCAAGGUGGUUUUGAGCUGUGGAGGACUGGAAGAUCUCCUGAGCUAUGUGAUGGUUUUCAAGCUCACUUAUCAUGUUCUGCUUCACCAAAAGUGCUGGAAGUUGCAAAGAAAUUCCCUUCAAAAGUCCAGCUGGAGGAACUUCCUCGUCAGAACUCAUGGCCAACACAGUUUCAGGAAAAUGGUCCUUCAUACGAGAAUAUUGGUCUUUUCUUCUUUGCUAGAGAUACUGAUAGCUAUGAAAAUUAUUACAGUAAAUUAGUUGAAAAUAUGCUCAAGAAUGACUUAGCUCUCAGAGGAAACAUAGAAACAGCUGAGUUGCUCAUAUUCCCUUCCAAUAUCCUGUCAAAGAAUUUCCAAAGAUGGAACAUGUUCUAUUUUCUUUGGGGUGUAUUCAGAGUUAGAAAAAAAGAUCAAAUGAACAUUCCACCUGAUGUACCAUUUAGUACUUGUGAGCCCAAUCUGAAUACGGAUCGGAUGGACGUGGAUGAAAGCAUCUCUGUUUUGACAUCUGGCCCUUCAUUCUCCGAAGGCCAGAACAAUGGUGCUAAAUCAGACCACGAUUUGGUGAAGUCAGUUUCUUGUGUGGACUACCAAUGUCCCCAGAGUACAGAAACCAAUUAUCAAAGGUGUUCAAAUGGAGAGACCGAAUCAAAUCAGCCUGUGAGUCAAAAUGAAUUAGAAGAUCACCAUCAGGUUCCAAUUACAGCCAGCAGUUCAACAAAUAACAGUACUGAUCUGGCAACAGAACAACAGAAAUUGUCUUGCUCAGGAGAUGAAGAUACAAAGGAUUCUUCCAAUAGUAUUGCUUGUGAAGCAAUUAUUGAUGUUAAUACAGUGCCAGUUACUUGCUCUGUUUCCUCAGUAUAUGAGAUAGGAAAGGGCAUCAGAGUAAUCAACCUCAAUGAAGCUGACAACCUUGUGGAUGUAGAUAUAAAUAGUAGUGAGGUGAACUCUGGUACAGUAGAUCUUAUCUCGCACACCACAGCUACUCUACACAAAAGAAAUGUUGAGGUAGCAAACUGGGCUGAUGAAGUCAAUGGAAAACUAGAGCAGAAAAAGAUUAAAUUGGAUAAUGUUGGGUCUGCAAAUUCUAGUUUAAGUGAGAAUACAAGUGAUGGAAGGCUAUCAUCCAAGGUGCAUCCCCUCGUAUCUUCCUCCUUCGAUGAUUCAGUUGACCAGUCAUUGGCAGGAAGCUCAAAGUGUAAUGGAAAGCGCAUAUUUCCGCUUGAUCUAAAUACAGUGGAUGCAGGAAACGUUGUAAAUAUAUCGGAUGACGAGGAGAUGCCUGAGCGUGAUGCGCCAGAUUUUGAGCUAGAACUUACGGACAACAAUUCUCCCAGAAAGACCAUGUUUUCAUUUCUUUCCCCUAAGGUUGAAGAAAAUCGGAGUAAGGAACAUUCAUUGCCUACCGAUUCACCAGGUUCCCUCUCCCUCUCUCUUGCCUUUCCGGCAUCUAGGGAACAUGCUGGUAAGUUGCAAUCAGAGAUACCGAAGCAGUUGCCUGAGAUGAGCAGCCAGAAUAAGAUAUCUUCGAUUUGGGACCGACAAUGAUGGCUGCCCGCUCUUGCGUUCCUGAUGUUUUGCGGGACAGAUCGAUGUUUGCGUCCUCUGGAGAAACUAUCUUGAAUACUAUGUAUCUGCAAUGAUGCCACUCAGGUGUGCUGACAAGUAGUUACAUCCAGGGGGCAGAACUAUUGAACUGCAAAGAACAGAGUUCUGGACGUAAGUGUUAUUUUGCAGGAAACAGUGAUAUGCUUUUCAAGACAUAGGGUUAUGACAUGAAAGUUCAUACUCUGCACUGUAAAUUUCUGCACAACUCAUGUAAAGUUUUGGCCUUAAGCUGGAAGUCAUCUCAAAUUUGAGAGAUGUCUGCCGUGGGGGGAAAGAUGGUGGUUAUUAUCUGAGAUUAGUAUAUAAAUGUUUCUCUUUUCUUGAAAUGUUCUCGUGUUACCGUUUAGUUUGUCAUAUCUGAUAAAAUGAUUUUCCGACACUAUCA